GGCAAGGAAGUAAACAUUACCCGCACUGGCCAUGGACAAGUUUGAGUCGGAAAAGACAUUCGUCUAGUUAGAAACAUACUGUUAAUGGCUGCCCAUAGUGAUGCAUUCUUCAAAUAAGAGACCGUAUAGCGCAUAAAUCAAGGGAGGUGUUAGUAGCCUACAGCUUUAUGUAGCAGUUUUAUCACUGCAAACUCAUGGUGAAGUUGCGCGUCGCAAACUUAUGGAGGCUUUAGAUCACCACAUUGUUGACUAUGUGCCUGGUUAUACUUUGAAAACAAACUGAGUUCUUAUAGAGCAUCCAGAAAGCACUACUUGGAGGUCAGUAUUUGUUCAAAAUCGCUGGCUGUCCAAAAGUGUGCAGAAACAGCAAUAUGGAUUACGUAGCAACUGGCAGCAACGUGAAAGUGUUGGCUAAGGCAAUCCACUCACUGUCCAGGAUUGGAGAGGAGUUGUACUUUGAAUCCACAGGAAGAUGGCUGGCUUUGCGCACAGUGAACUCCUCCCGUUCGGCAUUUGCCUGCUUCCACCUAUGUCCACUUUUCUUCCAACGAUUCCACACACCCCAAGGCGACAGUUUCCGCUGUAAAAUGCCAAUAAAGAGUGUCCAGGCAGUGUUCAAGUCCCUCUCCUCUUUAGAAAAGACGGUUGAGAAAUGUCGAAUUGAGUGGAAACCUGAACAGUCUCAACUGACAUUUACACUUCACUGCAAAAUGUGCUCUGUUCUAGGUUUGCUGAAGACACACAACCUGUCCUUUCAGGACUGUGAGAGUUUGCAGGCUGUGUUCGACAAAGAACGUUCUCCCAAUGUGCUACGAGCUCAGCCAAGAUUACUUGUGGACACCGUCCUCCAUUUCCCCCCCUCUUUGGAGGAGGUGACCCUAUCUGUGACUAGUGAUCGCAUGUGGCUGAAGAAUCAUGUGGAGGAUGAGUCUGAUCAGUCCCAAGCCAUGAUGACAGAGCUGUACUUGAGCUCGGAGGAGUUUGAAGACUUUGUUGUCACCUUGGCAAACCAGCAUCACUUCUGCCUUAAAGAACUCAGUGCCCCAACUGCCCCCCCUCCAGAUGACUUCAUGUGCGACGCACAUGGACUCAUACCUCAUUGCUAUGGAACAAGUGAAAUUGCUGGACCCUCCACCCAGAUCAACCAACCGCCACGCUCCACCCACGCCCCAACUCCGCCCAAUCACAGACUGUUUUCUUGUUUUUCCCUCUCUUCCUCUCAGUUCCGAUCGCUCUUCUUUGGAUCAGUCCUGCCCACACCAUCCCAGGGGACCAGCCAGACACUGCAAGGCCAAGAUGUUCUAGCCAGUGACAGUGAAGACGAGGGAUCUCCAUGACAACAGUACUCCAAGCUCAGACUAUAUAUAUAUAUAUAAAACUGUGAGAAAACUGUCUAUUACAGUCAGUCACAAAGACUGAUUCACAUAUACUCACACCAAGCCAAGCAACA